GGGAAGCAUUUUCUAUGUAAAGGUGGCUUCUUAGCAAUGCAAGUAUGUGUCCUCUUUCAGCUAAGUGAUCGAGUGAGUGCGAGUGAGUGAGUGAGUGCUUGGGGUUUAACGUCGUACUCAACAAUUUUUCAGUCAUAUGACGACGAGCUAAGUGAUCGAAAGCUAAUCUUUAGGAACGCAGCAUAUCCCUGAACUUGAAUGCGUGGCACAGUUUGGAAUGGUUGAUAUACAAAAUUAUGCAGCCUGACCUCUAAUUCACGUAAGGUUUAGGUGUCAUGAGAAGACAAACUUUAUACCGCGUUGAACAACAGGGCCGACAUUUACACAGUGUUAAUGCAAUACGCAAAUGGAUUCAUGGCUGAUUGCACCUUAACCAAAUCUGCUAGAGCUUACUAGCGGACAACACAGGACAGCUGUGGGGAUACUGGAAGUUAUGGCUGCCACACAACUGUACAUGUAUCUCGUGCUGUCGAGCACCUUCUAUGGGUACUGUAAUGCACGCUGUGACCCUGAUUUGGAAGGUCCCACAUGCCAAACACCGUGUUCCCCUGGGACAACUGGUGAAGACUGUGUGGAGAGAUGCGGACACUGUGCCGAGGGACGGUCUCUCUGUGACAAAACAUCUGGGCACUGUCCAGAGAGAAAACCCAGGUGCAUGCCGGGAUUCUCUGGUGUCAAGUGCGACACAGCUUGUACCCGUGGGACUUACGGUCCAGAUUGUGAAAAGAGGUGUGGGAACUGCGUUGAUGGACCGUCUCGUUGUGAUCCAACAUCCGGGCAUUGUCCAACGGGGGUCUUCAGAUGCAUUUCAGGAUUCUCUGGCCUGAAAUGUAUCACAGCCUGUGCACCACGAACAUACGGGCUAGACUGUGAGGGAAGAUGUGAACACUGUGCUGGUAAUCGGACAGCGUGUGACAUUACAUCCGGGCAGUGCCCGGAAGCAACACCCAGGUGUCAACCAGGAUACUCCGGUCAGAAAUGCGACGCAGAAUGUAUACCUGGGAAGCACGGGCCAGACUGUGCUGAGAUCUGCGGGUUUUGUGCCCAGGGAAAAACGGCGUGCUCCCCAAUAUCCGGGUACUGUCCGGAAAGGGAACCAAGAUGUUUGAAAGGCUACUAUGGUCCGAAAUGCGACUUAGAUUCGCCAUCUGCGUCAAGUCUCCUAAGUGUUAUAGUCGGAAGUGUGGCUGGUGGUUGUGCCAUCCUCAUCAUCAUCUUUGUUGUCGUUGUUGUAUUGGUGCGAUCUCGGCGAAAGAAAAGAGCCACGGACACAAAACCGUCUGGGCCAAAACGUAUGGAAAACCACAACAGGCCCGUGCCCACGGUAUUCACUCACAGAGUCGAAUUUUAUGGAGAUCGAGCACAUUUUGCUUCUAGGCCUAAUGGACAAAAUAAUGAGGAAUAUAACCACGGAGCCAGUUUUGAAGCAAGAGAUAACGUUUCGUAUGCUUAGCAUGGUAGUUUUGGAUACACUUUGAUCGACGGCCUAUAAACACGAAAGCACAGGUCUGUCUCAAAACAUGGAGAUCUUGAACGUCAGUCCCACCAUAAGGGCCGGCCUCGUCUGCUCUGGAUUUACUCUCAAAAUAAGGAGACUCAGGAUGUCUGCCUCCAGAUGAAGAAUCCCAUGGCGUCCUCCUCCAAAUAAGGAGACCCAUGGCGCCUGUUUCAGAAUCCGGAUACUCGGGUCGUCUGUGGCGGAAUUUGGAUAUCCAGGGUAUCUCAGAAUCCGGAUAAUCAUCGCGAACAUCUCAGAAUCCGGAUAAUCAUCGCGAUGAUCUGGAUGAUCUGGAUAAUCAUGUCAGAAUCCAGAUACUAAGGGCGUCCGCCUCGAAAUAAGGAGACCCUUACGCGCGCUUCGAGAAAGGAAACCCAAGGCGACUGUUUCAUCUGUUUAACUCACGAACACAAGGCUUUCAAACAUUCCAAUAUCAAAAUGAAGACCAUACAGCCUUUUCCUUUUAGAUUUUUUUUGUGAUGUUGAUCCUUUGGCAAACCGAUCAUAAGAAUGUUAUAUUUGAAGUAUCCAUUUGUUUCCCGUCAAUGUGAACUUCAUUUUCUAACAGUUUCGUUCUUCCCUUCAUUUCAAAUACACCAAAUGUUGCCAGUGUGAGAAAAGGUCGUGUAGCGUCAUCAAAUUCUCUUAGGCACAGACAUGAUCAGCAAGGUGAACUCGUGGGUCUAAUUUGUGGCAUUCUGAUUACGCACAUGGAUAUCUCGAGGUCUGGUUGUGUCAAUGUUACAGAGACUGCAUAAUCUACUAUCAAACUUCACUAGAUUAUAUGUAAGCUUCAAUCAAUUCAGAUUUACUUUCCCGCAUAAAUAAUCAUAGACCGAGUCACUGUCAUAAUCUUACACACCCAGUAGUAAUCUAUAUAGAAUACAACCGACUGGCCUCCCAGAGGCUGAAAGCUCUAACGCUGUUGCACUAAAACUUCAUGUAACAUUGUCAUGAAAGAUCAACCAUGCUACGUAUUAUAUUCCACUAUGCAAAUAAUGCGGCACGAAAGAUCGUUCACGCUAAUUGUAAAGCUUUUUUUAUUGUUCCUUUGAAAUGAUACCGCGCUAUUCUUGAAAAAGAAUCGAUAGUUCUUAGAUUGCUACAAACACGUUUAAUUAAAAGAAACAACUCGCAACUGUUCUUGAGAAAGAAUCAAUUGUUGCUCGUCGUUUCUCCGCUACUUAAAUGCCUUGUAUUUACAUCCUUUAUUCAAGAAGACAAAUAAUAUUUAGGGUAGUUACCACACAAUUUAGUUUUAUCUUUGUUUUACAGCAUGGUUGAAUAUCACUAGUCAUUGACGUAACGACCAUAUAUUAUAUAUGUAUUUAGGGCCCGGGGGAAGCCCACGACCAUCCAAAG